GAAAAUGAAAUAUGAUGAUUCGGUGAAUCAACCACAAGACAUGCAUGAAAGCGUGUAUCCUGGUGUCAGCCAUGAUGACCUCAACCAAUUAAGAUCCAAUCUGAAGAAAAAGUUUCAGUAUCUUUAUGAAGGAACAACAAAGCAAGGAAACCAAACACUCUUAAAUGAGAUCUACAUAGAGCUCUACAUCACAGAGAGUGAGAGUGGAGAGAUCAGUAAUGAACACGAGGUGAGACAGAUUGAGACACAAUCCAGGACAGCAACAGAGGACACACAGAUCAAAUGCAGUGACAUCUUUAGAGCUUUACCUGGACAAGACAAACCCAUCAGAAGAGUGCUGACAAAAGGAGUCGCUGGCAUUGGAAAAACAGUCUCUGUGCACAAGUUCAUCCUGGACUGGGCUGAAGGACAAGAGAAUCAGGACGUCCAGCUCAUAUUUCCACUUUCUUUCAGAGAACUCAAUCUGAUGAAGGACAGAACACUCAGUCUUUCAGAUCUUCUUCAUCAUUUUUUCCCAGAAACAAAAGAAAUGGAAAUAUCUAAUGACAAAUAUAAAGUGUUGUUCAUCUUUGAUGGUCUGGACGAGUGUCGUCUGUCUCUGUAUUUUCAGAGCGAUGUGAGGUUGUGUGAUGUAAGUGAAUCAGCAUCAGUGGACGUGCUGCUGAAGAACCUCAUUGUGGGGAAUCUGCUUCCCUCUGCUCUCAUCUGGAUCACCUCCAGACCAGCAGCAGCUGAUCUCAUCCCCUCUGAGUGUGUCCAUCGAGUGACAGAGGUACGAGGCUUCAGUGAGCCACAGAAGGAGGAAUACUUCAGGAAGAGAAUCAGUGAUCAGAGUCUGGCCGAUAGGAUCAUCUCACACCUGAAGUCAUCAAGGAGUCUCUUCAUCAUGUGUCACAUCCCAGUCUUCUGCUGGAUUUCAUCCACUGUUCUGGAGAAGAUGUUGAGUCAAGCAGAGAGUGGAGAGAUUCCCAAGACUCUCACUCAGAUGUACACACACUUCCUGAUGGCACAGAUUAACAUCAAAGACAUGAAGUACAACAAGAAGAAGGACACAGACAAAGAGAUGAUAUUCAAAUUAGGAAAACUUGCAUAUGAGCAACUGAAAAAAGGCAGUGUGAUCUUCUAUGAGGAAGACCUGAGAGAGUGUGGCAUUGAUGUGACAGAAGCAUCAGUGUACUCAGGAUUGUGCACUCAGAUCUUCAGAGAGGAGUUUGGCUUGAAUCAAGUGAAGGUCUUCUGCUUUGUUCAUCUGAGCGUUCAGGAACAUCUAGCAGCUCUAUAUGUGCACCUCUCCUGUACAAACAACAACAUAAAUGUGUUUGAUGACAUCACCAGUAUGUCAAAGAUUUCAUUAUCUGACCUGCAUAAUAAAGCUGUAAAUAAGGCUCUACAGAGUAAGAAUGGACAUCUGGAUCUUCUCCUGCGGUUUCUUCUGGGUCUGUCAGUGAAGUCUAAUCAGGGUCUUUUACAAGGACUAAUGAAACAGACAAGAGGGAGCUCUGAGAGCAACGAGGAAACAGUUGAGUACAUCAAGAAGAAGAUCAGCAGCGGUUGCUCUCCAAAAAUAUCCAUCAAUCUGUUCCACUGUCUGAAUGAGCUUGGUGAUCAUUCAAUAGUGGAGGAAAUACAACAAUAUCUGAACUCUGGAACAUUAGCUGAAGCCAAACUCACCUCUGUGCAGUGGUCAGCUGUAGUGUUUGUCUUGUUGACAGAGCAAACGAGCGAUGUGUUUGAGCUGAAUAAAUUUAUUGGAAGAGAAAAUGCAUCUGAUAAAGACGUUUGGAAGCUGCUUCCUGUGAUUAAAGAAUCCAGAUCAGCACAUUUGGGUGGCUGUAAUAUCACAGCUAAAGGUUGUGCUGCUCUGGCUUCAGUUCCGAGAUCAAACCCCUCAAACCUGAGAGAACUGGAUCUGUCUGGGAAUAAAAUACUAGAUUUGGGCAUGAAGCAUCUAUCUGAUGGACUUAAGGAUUCUCACUGUAAAUUGGAGAGACUAAAGUUGAGAGAUUGUGGGGUCACAGGUCAAGGUUGUGCUGCUCUGGCUUCAGCUCUGCGAUCAAACCCUAAACACCUGAAAGAAAUAUAUCUGUCUGGGAAUAAACUAAGAGAUUCAGAAGUGAAGUUACUUUCUGAUCUAAAAGAUGAUCCAAAUUAUAAACUGUCAGAACUGUACUAUUGACUGAGUAUAUAGACAUCAAUCCUGUUUCCUCAGGAUCAGCUGAUGUUGAACAAGAACCUGAUACAGAGACGUCACAAUCAGCAGAGACUGAAAUAAUUAUCAAUCUAGCACCUGUGUAUUUUACUUUAUAUUUCUCAUGGAUUGAUGUAAGACCAUUACAUUACCAGCCGGCUGGUUUUGAAAUAGCGUACUAUUCUUUCUAUUUCUGCUAAAUUAAGACAAAUAUGGC